ACCGUGUAAUAAAAAUUUCCACCUACUAACAAUAUAAUUAAGAGUUUGGUUAUAAUCAUUGCACUUACUAAAACUCUAUUAACGCAAUUGACUAAAAUACCCUUAUCAUCUGCUAUAUAUAGAGCACUUCUUCUCUAUUCUUUUCAUCACUCGUCAGCCAUUACCUUCCCUCUCGUCUCAGUAGCUUACUUAAAACAAAAAUGGAGUUGGGAAUGACGACGAAGGACUCGACCUGGUGGAUGUUCACUCUCCCGGCGUUUAUGAGCUCCGGCGGCUUCCUUGACGGAUACCUCAUCUUGUCGUUAGUCGCGGCCUUUAUCUCCGCCGUGCUGCUGACGUGGGCGCUUUCUCCCGGCGGAACUGCUUGGAGAAAUGGCCGGAAUCGGAAGGGCGCCGUCGCCAUUCCCGGUCCACGUGGACUUCCCAUUCUGGGCAGCAUCUUUACUCUGAGCCGCGGCUUGGGUCACCGAUCCUUGGCUUCAAUUGCUGAAUCAAUGGGUGCCAAGAAGCUUAUGGCAUUCAGCGUCGGCUCGACGCCGACUGUGGUGGCUUCCGAUCCUCAAGUGGCUAAGGAGAUAUUGACUUCCCCACACUUUGCGGAUCGUCCUAUCAAACAGUCGGCUCGGAGCCUGAUGUUCAGCCGAGCCAUUGGAUUCGCUCCCAGCGGUACUUACUGGCGCCUCCUCCGCCGCAUCGCCGCCUCGCACCUCUUCGCCCCCCGCCGCAUCGCCGCCCACGAGGCGGGGCGUCAGGAGGACUGCGCCGCCAUGAUUAGGAACAUUGCGGCGGAGCAGUCGCGGCGGGGAGCGGUGUCGCUGAGGAAGCAUUUACAAGGCGCGGCUUUGAAUAAUAUUAUGGGAAGCGUAUUUGGAAAGCGUUAUGACGUGGACAGUGAUGAGCCUGAACUUGCGGAGCUUCGGGAGAUGGUUAGGGAAGGGUUUGAGCUGCUGGGAGCUUUCAACUGGUCGGAUCAUCUGCCAUGGCUGUCGAGCUUGUACGAUCCCUGCAGAGUGGUGGCGCGCUGCGAAGCUCUCGUCCCACGUGUCAGGGCCUUCGUCAAGGGGAUCAUCGAUCAGCACAGAUCGUCUUCGUCGGGGAAGGGCGAUUCAGAUUCUGCUGAUUUUGUUGAUAUUCUGCUGUCUUUGGAUGGUGACGAGAAGCUCAAUGAAGAUGACAUGAUUGCAGUUCUAUGGGAGAUGAUCUUCAGAGGCACCGACACGACGGCGCUGCUGACGGAGUGGGUGAUGGCGGAGCUGGUGUUGUACCCUAAGGUACAAGCCACACUGCGUGAGGAAAUCGACCGCGCCGUAGGGAAUAAUCCUUCCCUCACCGACGCCGACGUGGCGGCGCUGCCGUAUCUUCAGGCGGUGGUGAAGGAGACUCUGAGGGUUCAUCCGCCGGGGCCGCUCUUGUCCUGGGCCAGGCUGUCCACUUCCGACGUCUCUCUCAGCAACGGCAUGGUUGUCCCCGCCGGAACCACCGCCAUGGUCAACAUGUGGUCGAUAACCCACGACCCUCAAGUCUGGGAGAACCCGUCGGAGUUCCGGCCUGAGAGGUUCGUACCGGGAAUGGGCGGCGCCGACGUUGACGUCCGCGGCUGUGACCUGAGGCUGGCUCCUUUCGGCGCAGGGCGGCGCGUGUGCCCCGGGAAGAAUCUGGGGAUGACGACGGUGGCGCUCUGGGUGGGGAAGCUAGUGAGGCACUUCGAGUGGGCGGAGAACGCGGCGGCGCCGGUGGAUCUCGCCGAGCUUUUGAAGCUGUCCUGCGAGAUGAAGCUUCCGCUGUCUGCUGUCGCCACCCCGCGCCGCCAUAUAUAUAAUUAAUUAAUUAAUUAAAUAAUAUUAUUGCAAUUUCAAUUUUAAUGGAUCAUCGAUCCUAGCUAGCUAGCUAGCUGCUAGUUAAUGUUAUUUUCAUUUGAGUCGGAGUCGAAGUCAAAGUCAAUGUCAGAGUCGAAUAAGAGUUCAUGCUUCCUUGC